AUGGGUUGUCAUUCUCCUUCCGACAUAGUGCCGCAAACCCGCGAUGCACUGAGCCGCGAACCACACUUUUGCUUUUACGUCGGCACUCCAGACCUGCUCGAGCGCCGCAGCAAUGAAAAGGCAUCAUACAUUCUGACCUUUAAAGAACAGCAGCAGCAACAGCAGCAGCAGCAGAAUUCCUCCUCCUCCUCCUCGUCCAAAGUCCUCGUCCUCCUCGACGGCUUCGACAAAACCCGCACCUUCUCCCCCGACGUCAAUGAUACCCUCGGCGUCGAAUUCCACUGGCGCGACCCCACCUCCGAUCUGCCCUUCGUCUCGCCGCCGCGCAUCUACUUCGUCUUGGACCUUUGCGAGUCCAGCCGCCAACGCUUUCUUCCUUCGCUCAUGUCCCUGCUCGGGCUGGCGCUGGGUCCGCAAACGGUACCCUCGCAACUAGAUUAUGUUGUGCAUGAGGACUUCCUUGCCGCGCUGAACGCCAUUGACGCGGACCCUACGGGCAAGGGUGAUCUGGCGGCUAGUUUCGCCUCGUUGGCGUCGGAGCUUCCACCAAACUUGUCUCCGCUGCACCCCGGCGCGGACUCGGCCGUUCUAAGGGAGUUCUUGCUCGUUUUGGCGGAUAGAACGGUCUGGUCCAUGUAUGGCAGGCUUAACAGCUCGGCGACGAAGCAGUUCUUCGAGCUGGUGAAGAUGCUCGCUUCCUCGGGGGGGACCGCCACCACCACCAGAUACCAACACCUAUUGCCCCAAAACGGACAAGAACGAUAA